GCAGGAAGUAGUGCGCUCGCAGAGGUCAGCAGCAUCGCGCGCUCCGUUCAGUCAGAAAGUGUGUGGAGCUCGAGUCCGCAAGCCACGGGCUUAGGCAUGCUCGGACUAGCAGAGUAAAUGGCGUCUUUCAAAACGGAUUUAUACCAGCAUCUGCUGUUUCUUGCGGUAUUUCUAUCAAUCUCAGGUGUGACGGGUUUUAGUGAGCUGUUUUUUAUAAAGGAGCCCCACGAUGUGACUGUAUUGAGGAGGGACGCUGUGAUUUUGGACUGUCAGGCCCACGGCGAGGCUCCCAUCGGCAUCCGGUGGCUGAAGAACGGAGCGACGCUCACAGAGUCGGAGCGCGUUUACCUGCUCACCAACAGCUCUCUGUUCAUCUCAGAGGUGGAGAGUCGUAAAGACAAAUCAGAUGAAGGGUUCUACCAGUGCCUUGCCCAGAACAAAUAUGGAUCUAUUCUCAGCCAGAGAGCCCGCUUGACUAUCGCAAGUUUAUCCUCCUUCACUCAGCAGCCGGCAUCAAUCACGGUUAUGGAGGGAUCUGUCGCACGAUUCACCUGUAAGAUCACAGCCACGCCCCCACCAAUCAUCACCUGGGAGUUUAACAGAGUCACUUUACCACUGGCCACUGAAAGAAUCACAGUGCUGCCCGGCGGCGUUUUACAGAUUCAGGGAGUGGAACAGGCUGAUGCUGGGGGUUACCGCUGUGUGGCGACUAAUAUCGCCAGCCGCCGCAGGAGCGCCGAGGCCGAGCUAACCGUGACCGCAGCUCCAUCUCCCAGAGUUCCUCAAAGGCCUCGUAUCAUCGCCGGUCCGCAGAAUCUGACCGUGGCGGUUCACAGCACGGCUCUGCUGGAGUGCAUGGCCACCGGAAAUCCUCGUCCGCUGAUCUCAUGGAGCCGCGCCGACCAUAAAUCCAUUGAUGUUCACAAAACAAAGGUUCUUGGCAAUGGAAACCUGCUCGUAUCCGACGUGAAACCCCAGCAUGCUGGGAUCUACUUUUGCCGUGCAACUACGCCGGGAACCAGAAACUACACGAUUACAGCCGCUAAUAUAACUGUGCUAGCGCCGCCGUCUCUCGUGGAGUGGCCAGAAAGCGUGACCCGACCGAGGGCCGGUACCGCCCGCUUUGCAUGCGUGGCAGAGGGAUUUCCAACGCCUCAGAUCACAUGGCUGAAGAACGGUGAACCCAUUCACUCAAAUGGACGCGUCAAGAUGUAUAACAGUAAACUGGUGAUUAACCAGAUCAUUCCGGAAGAUGACGGCAUAUACCAGUGUCAGGCGGAGAAUGAGCAGGGUUCGGUUCUGGCCAUGGCUCGUCUGAUCGUAGUGAUGUCGGACAACCGGCCGAGUGCGCCCAGAAACGUCCGCGCGGACACCGUGUCCAGCUCAGCCAUCCUACUGGCCUGGGAGAGACCAAUGUACAACUCGGACAAAGUCAUCGCCUACUCUGUGCACUACAUGAAGGCAGAAGGUCUAAAUAACGAAGAGUACCAGAUUGUUAUCGGUAACGAUACCACCCGCUACAUCAUUGAUGACCUGGAGGCCGGGCGAAACUACACCUUUUACAUCGUAGCGUACAUGCCCAUGGGUGCCAGCCGCAUGUCUGACCACGUCAUACAGCGCACGCUCGAGGACGUUCCCUUGCGUGCUCCUGAGUUGAGCCUCACCAGCCGCAGUCCCUCUGAUAUCCAGGUGUCAUGGCAGCCUCUGUCUCAUAAGCUGAGUCGUGGUCGUGUGUCUGCGUACCGCCUCUCGUACAGGACCAGCACAGACGGGGCAGUGACACAGCUGGAGCUCUCAGGACACAAAACCCAUCACCUCCUGGAGGGUCUUCAGCCCGACACCACGUAUCUGCUCCGCAUCGCUGCGGCCACCAGCGUGGGGUGGGGAGAACCAUCGGCCUGGACAUCCCACAGGACACCGAAGGCUUCCAGCACUACAGUGCCCCUGGCACCAGAGCUGCAGCUGGAGUCUCUGAACUGCACGACUGUGGUUUUGCGUUGGCAUCUGCCAGCGGGCAGCGCCACUGGACUGCAGGGCUACAAACUUUCCUACCAUGAAGAGAGUGAACCAGUAGGACCGCCGACCCAGAUUCCCCCUCACCACCGCCAGCACACCAUUGGAGGCCUAGAUCCAAGAAAGAAGUACCACGUCAAGCUCUUGGCCUAUAGUUUCAUGGGUGAAGGAUACCAGGCAGAUCAGACCAUCAGCACACCGGGAUGUGUUUCGGUCCGUGAUCGUCUGGUCCCGCCCCCUCCGCCGCCUCAUCACGUUUACGCCCGCAGUAACUCCUCCUCCUCCGUGUUCCUGCACUGGGCCCGACCCGCUUUCACCGGCGGACAGACGGUCAACUACACGGUGCGCUGUAACCCGGUGGGACUGCAGAACGCCUCGCUGGUGCUGUACCUGCAGACUGCGGCCCAGAGUCUGAUGGUCAUUGAUUUGGACCCAAACACCAAUUAUGAGUUUGCAGUUCGUCUUCAUGUGGAUCAGCUGUCCAGCCCCUGGAGUCCUGUGGUUUACCAGACCACACUACCUGAAGCUCCCACUCAAGCUCCUGUAGGAGUCAAAGUCACUCUGAUUGAGGGAGAUACAGCGCUGGUGUCGUGGAAACCGCCUGACGAGCUUAAUGUCGCCGUGACUCGUUACACCAUCCUGUACGCAUCACGCAGAGCCUGGGCCGCCGGAGAGUGGCAGAUCCUGCAGAGAGAAGGGAGCGUGACGAUGGCCCUGCUGGAGAAUCUUCAGUCCGGGCAGGUGUACCUGGUGAAGGUCUCGGCGUCCAAUCAGAUGGGAGACGGGCCGUUCUCACCUGCAGUAGAACUGACCGUGCGCACAGAUGGACACGCCCCCCGAGCACAGGGCUCCGCCCACGGCACAGCGUUUUCUGAUGGUUUCUAUCACCUGGAUCAGAGGUCAAUGACGGGGAUAGUGGUGGGUGUGUGCAUCGCUUUAGCCUGCAUUAUCAUCUGCAUCAUCAUACUGGCCUGCAGGAGCAAAACCAGGCAAUCGUCCACUACUAAAUCCAUCAGACAAGCAGGAGGACAGACUCCGCCCACUGCUGUCCGUCUGGCCAAUCAGAGUCAAGCUGAGAGCGUGGAGGUGAUGAUGCCCAUGACGAGGGAUCAUUUCAUAGAUGCAAAGGGCGGAACAAAUCUGAUCAUUAACAGCUAUGGACCGGUGAAGCCCACCACUGAGAAGAAGAAAAGAAAGAAAUGGAACUUCUUUAAGAGCGAUAACAAGGAUGUGAAGAGUGUCUCCAGUCCAUCUUACUCCUAUCAUCAUGGCACCACCCUGCUGUGUUACACAGACACCUCUCCUCAACACCCGCCGUCCGCUCUGCAGGGCCUGUUUGGGCCACCAGGGGGCGACAGCGAGGGCUCUCAUUCCAGCGAGGGCAGUCACGAGACGGGCGACUCGGGACGCUACUCUCACGACGACACCGAGGCGACUAACCUGUCUCUGGGUGCCGGUAGUCGCCCGGACUCCCUGCAAGGCGAGGAUAGCGAAGCGUCGGACGAAACGCCCGUUCACGAGGUUACAGAGACAGAGCUGCAUCCCCACGUGAUCCCAAUGACGGAAACGACACUUCAGAAACAGGAAAUGAUGGAGCCACAUCCUGUUUAGCAAAAAAACCUUGUGCUCUCUGGCGCCCCCUUCUGCUUAAACGGACUACUGAGCAGUGCUGGACGACCCGAGACGUCCACAAAUGCCCUCUUUCUCGGUGAAUGUAUUUGUUUCUCUCUUUUUCUGUUCGUUUUUAUAAACCAAUGUGUGUCUGAAAGAAACUAGAAUCUCACCCACCAUGAAUGUUAAAAAAAACGUCCAGGUUCUGACGUAACCUCAGCGAGAGAGAGCCUCUCUUGACUUCCUAAUCUACCUCAGUUUAUCUUUAAGUAUUUAAUGUCCACUUAUACACUCGACAGCGCUGUUUUAAUGUUAGUUUGUGUGUUUGUCUGUUUGUUUAAUCCUGAGGUAUGAGUUGCGUAGGUUUUUUACAUGUCCUGCUGUGUGGUGCAAUUGCAGCCAAUCAGAACACAGUUGCUGUUUAAUAGGCAGGACUUUGGACCAAUAGGAGUUCACAGUGGGCGGAGCUACCCGGCUCAUUGCAUCACACAGUUAGGACAGUGUUAAACUUUGAAUGUUUUACUCUGAUGUUUACGUACGGUUUAUUUGCGGCUCUACUUCAGGUCACGUUAGAUUUCUCAGGUCUGUCGUAUGAAUGUGUGUAUUUUUGCUCUUAUAGUCCCUGUUUUAUACUACCUCGUUUUACUUUUUGAUUUUUAGCAGUAGUUGUGUUUGAUUUCUUUGUCUCAGGGAUGAUUUGAAAGCCAUGUGUUUUGUACAGUGACAUGGUUUGAUGGACAGGGUUUUUUCGGGCGGUUGACCCGUGCUGAAUGUGUGUUUUAGCUCUGUUGUGGAGAUGGAUUUCUUUUUCCGUAGUUUAUUUCUUCUUUUGAGUACGAAGUAACCAAAAAUGCUGGGCGUUUCUUAGUUCGGCUGAACCGAUAGCUUUAAACAAUGGCCUUAACGUGUGAAGAGAUUGAUUCGACUGCAGUUCGAGUGAAUGUUCUGAAAACCAAAAAUAAUAAUCAAAUCUGAAUGAUCAUGAAAGCUUUUUGCCUCCCAAAGAUAUCUAUUUUUCUCGACAUACUGUAUAUGUACUACUGAGUACGCAUUUUAGUUACUUUAGUACUUUUGAAAUAGUGGAUGCUAUUUUAGAUUUAGGAUCAUGAGUGUAGCACUUGUCUUUCAGAUUAGUUUGGAGUUGUUUUGUAGUUUUUUCACGCAGCUGAAUGUGCAACGGUGACACGCCAUCAUCCACAGAGCUGUUUGCUCUUUCGUUUCUUCUUUCUGGUUUGCUGGUCUUUGGGAUGAUAAGAUGACAAUGAGAUUAUACGUGAAUCAAACCAAAGAUGUUUCACCCAGAGACUGGCAAACGCCCAAAAAAAGAGCUGCUUUAAAGAACUCCGAGACGUCUUGAUGUCCUGAGACCAAAUCAGGUGGAGAUGCAGAAGAUCAGCAUUGCAAAUCUUGUGAAUGCAUGUCAUAUUUCACUCCAAAAUCAACAGAAAAAAAAAAAAAAUUGUGCAUAAAGAAAAUCAAUAGCUACUUAUUUUGAGACCAUUUAGAUUAUUUACAUUGUGGUGUUAUUUGCUUGACAAUUAAGCACAUUUCACCCCCAAAUUUGCAUUAUCAAUACUUUAUUAUAUUAUAUUAAAAAUAACUUUAAUGUAAAUAUCAUAAAUUAAUUGCUUAUUUGUCAUGAUAUAAAAUAGAACGGUUUAUAUAUUACAUUAUUUUACAUAAAAAAUAUUUUAAUGUAAAUCAUCAUAAAUUCAUUGCUUAAUUGUCAUGGAAAAUAUAUUUUUUGAUGCUAAUCAUAAAUUAAUUGCUUAUUUGACAUGAUAUAAAAUAAUUUUUAAAAUGUAAAUCAUCAUAAAACAUGGUAUAAAAUAAUUGUCAUGGUAUAAAAUAUAUUAUAUUUUUUAAAUGAAAAUCAUAAAUUAAUGGUUUAUUUGUCAUGAAAAUAAUUAUGGCACUGCAGUAUAUAAUUUCUUAUUUUUUUUCUUUUUAUUUUGGAGUAAAAUAUUAGCCGGAAAUUUUCUUGAUUCUUCAGCUUUAUGAGAUUCACCUCCUUAAAUCAAAUGUCACAGUGAUCAGUUUCCCUCAUUAGAGUUUCAAGUUCAACAUGGAUGUUGUUGUACAUGAAAAUUAUAUACACACAGAGAGAGAGAGAUAUUAUAUUAUAUUAUGUUAACAUUCCAUGCGGCUGAAAUUCUUCUCAAUCAGGGGAAAUUGAUUGCUGGCUGUAUUUCAAUCAGAGAGACACAAUCAGUUUAUAAUUUUUCUUUUCGAAGCAAACAGCCUGAAACCAAAGACUGUGGUCGCCGUUGCACCGAGCAUUAAUGUAGAUUCUUUUGCAUGUGUUUUGUCAUUUUUUCAAAGCUUUAUUCCUGAGUAGAUUUGAGUUCUGCUUACUGAAAGGACAUCAGGAAACCAAAAACAGUGUUGCACAGUCGUGCUUUCAAUCGUUUAUGACUUUCUAGCAAACCAAAGAUGAUGGAUUUCAGCAUUUUGUUUCCUUUUGUAACUUUUCUCACUGGAGGAGAAUUAUUGUAUUGUGUUUUGUAUGUUUCUUUGCAGGGGAUAAAUGACAUACCCUGGAUUUUGUGAAAGUACUAAAUAUUUGGUUUCAAUUUCAUGCUGAAGAAAAGGUCUUAGCUGGUUUAAACUGGUCUUAGCUGGUCUUCCAGCCUUUUCAAAGAUCUUGCUAAAAAAAGUCUUCAGACCCAGACUGGCUUGGGCUUUUUUUCAGCAAGAUUUGAUGUUUUUGAUUAUACAUUUCAAUAUGCUUUAGUGUUUUAGAACAAUAUUGAUUGUUGUGUUAAAUUGUUAACUUCACAUCGGGGUUUUCUUUGUGUGUGCAAGUGUAAUUCCAUGCAGUUUUUUUUCUGAUUUCUUCAGCUACAAGUUGGGGAUUAGAAAUGCAAUGUCAUAAAACGUGUCAAAUGUUUAGCCUCUGCGUGUGCUGAUGACCUCUGUUAUAGGUAAAAACUCUACGUUUACCCAUCCGCCUAAUAUAGGGGAUUUUGCUCAGGAAAUAAUAUCAGUCCAGUUUCAUGUCACUUUAUUCUCUUGAUUUUCAAUUGAAUUCUGAUCUGUUAUUCUUCUGUUGAAGUUGUUUGUUCUGAAUUUGUCUGAACUGAAGGGAAAAGGGAGAUCUUUUUAAACUCCUCAAGCAGUGAUGGUUUGUUUCCAUCACACUGCAGCAGUAAAUGUAUAAGCCUUAAAAACUGAAUGUAUUUCUUAAUAAAUAAAAUUCCACUUGUCAAUAUUCUGCUUUACUUCCCAAAUACAUGUACCGUGUGUUUAUUGGAAGAGUUUUUUUUCUUCUGUUCAGAAAUACGAUGUAAUGUUUAUGCCAAAAGGUAUACAUUUACAGUAGUUAACCCCACCACAAAUAAGAUUGUUUAUUAAGAAUGAUUUCCAUUUUGAAUAAAAAUGUUGAAUAUGUGAAAAUGUUGUCUCCCUUCUCUUGAAAA